AUGGCACGCGCUUUUGUUUUCUCUAUUCGAAAUCUAGUAUGCCUUUUUCUCAUAGCUAUACCCUUGGCAUCCAAAGCAAACAAUAUUCGAGAAAUAGAAUUUCUGUUAGCACGCAUUGAAAGAAAAUGCCGUGAACACAUAAGUGUGAAAAAACAUCUGCAGGAAGCCCGCAUGACGAUGGAAAGGCCUUUCCCCAGUGAGAGCCAUACCUGUCCGAUAUCUCUGAAGACGUGCAUGAUUGCAGCAUCAUACCAGGCCGCCUUAACAAAGAUUAAGCACAUAUUCAACACGUUUUUAAAAAGGCCUCUUCUGCCGUGCACAGAACUGUGGAAUGAGCUUCUCACCCUUGAGCUUCUGUGUGCGGAUGUGGCAAUUGUGCAUGUGUUGAAAGCCCAGGCCAAUUAUCUCAAAGAGGGCGCAAAAACCACGGGUCCGGCUGAAACUGCGCGCAUUUCUUCUUUUGUGAUAGAAAAUGCAAGGACCCGCUUGAUGAAAAUGUGCGAAAUAAUGCUUACGCUGGGCAAUGAAAUAGAAAUCCAAAUGGUUAACGACACUCCAUUCAAAGUCAUCCGAGACAUGGAUGCCGGGCAUUCAGAGAAUUCAAACUCUUCGUGUGUGCCCACGCCCCAAUAA